UCACUCCUUUUUAUUUGCUAUUUCGCCUUCUAGUGUUUUUCCCUUUUCUUUCUCUUCGACCUCGUCAAUGAAUUCUAAAUUCAUAUUACUCGUUUUUUUCCCCAUUUGAAUCAAAAUGAAAAUUUUCGAAUACUCUUUCCGGUCUUAAUUUUUUUUUUCCUCGUUAGAUUUGUUACCUCAUUUCAAUUCUGCGGAAAAAAAAAACAGAUAAAAAGAGUUGAUUUUUUUAUAUAAGUUUUUUCGUGGAGGGAGGAAUUGUUGUUUGUAAUCAAUUAUAAUGUCGAACUACAAGAUGAAGAGCCUCUUGAAGGGGCUUAGGUACAUCUCUCAAAUAUUUGAAAACGAAAAAGAACCAGAGAUGCAGAUCGGAAAUCCGACAGAUGUAAAACAUGUUGCUCACAUUGGUUGGGACGGAGGCGCCGUCGACUCACCCACCUGGAUGAAUGGUUUCAAGAACCACCCGGGUGGAUUUUCCUCGGCGCCUCUCGGAGACAUUAAAGAGGAUGCUUCGUGGGUGUCCGAAGAGUCGACAAGGUCAAGGGAUAUGCCGGGAAUUCCAAGAUCGUCGAGGAGCCACCGUCCAUCAAAUCUGGGAUCUCCGACAAAAUCUGAGAGGUCGUCGAGACGUCGUUCGUCCAAUCCGGACGGCCAUUCCAAAUCUUCACGCAAAUCCAAAGAUUCUUCCGACAUUCUCCCCGACGGUUCCAGAAAAUCCCGGCGGAAAAAAUCAAAAGAUUCCGCUAACGGUGGCGGCGGCUCUUCCAGAUCUUCCCGAAGAGCUCGAGAUUCCACCGACUCCAUGUCCGUCCCUAAUUACGACGAAUGAUUACUCAGUAAUUAUUUAUUUUUUUAAAUUAUUAUUGUUGUAACUUCAUGAGGACAUGCUCUACACACUUUAUGAGUACUACUAGAUGUUAGAUUCUUUUUUUGUUUGUAAAUUACUGUUGUGGGAUUAUUGGCGGCUUAAAAAAAAUAAUUUUGUUCUGCUUGGAGA